AUGGGCACCAGCUACCUCCACUCAUCAGCUCGCACCCACCUCAUCAACGGCGUCCACCUCCCCUCCUGCGACGCCGGUCGCCGCCGGAGCAGCCCCGCUUCCGCCGCCAUCACCAUCAGCAUCGCCGAGGGCAGGGAGGCGUCAGCUGCUUGUGUCCGGCCUCUGCUCCUCGCGGCCGGCGGUAGCAGCAGUGCCGCCAGCGCGCGGGCCGCUGCCGGGGGAGAAGAAGGAGCUUUGGUAGGGUACGGUGGGCCGGUGGUGACGGAAGCAGAGCGUGCGGCGAGCGCGGCGGUGUCUCGGCGCGUCGGGGACGCCGUGGGGCUGCUCGAGCGCGGGCGGGAGCUGCAGGCGCGCGGGGAGUUCCCCGAGGCGCUGGCGUCGUUCACGCGCGUGGUGCGGGAGUGCGCGCGGGUGGGGCGGGCGCUAGUGCUGUACGAGAUCGGCGACCGCGACGAGUCCAUCGCCGAGAUGGGAGGGACGUCUCCAUCGCGCUCAAGGGGUACCCAGAGAUCCAUGCGGCGCUGGCGGCGGCGCUGUACGCGGACAAGCACGCGGCGCUACUGGCGGAGAACCAGUUCGCCAUUGCGACGCUGCUGGACCCGCACUAGACGGACCUCGCCUGCGUCAGGGACACCAAGCACUGGCCGCCCAAACUCGUCGCAUCGCUCCACGACUACUCUCGUAGGAAGGCACUCUUGGAGCCUCAAUUAGUAGUGGACUAGUGGUAGUAUAGUACAUCGUGUAUAUUUAUGAGUGUUUGAUUCAAGGAACCAAGUCAUCGUACAAUGGUUUAUAUAUGGAUUGGUUCGUCCCUGAGAUGAGUCGAUUACUAUUUUCUA